GUUGGCACUCCUCUGUUCUAAUCACGAGAUUCUGUCUUCCUAUCAGACUAGACUUCCCAAUCAAGCCGAAAACUGCAUAGCCAACGCUGAGGAAAGGUGGGUGAGCAUCUUUGAGGCUAGCUUCCCCCAUGGUUUCAGCCUUCCGCUACACGAUUUUGGUCUUCAAUUUCUUAGAGCUAGUGGUUUAGCCCCGGCCCAGCUGCAUCCUAACGGCUGGGCCCAACUGGUCGCCUUUUUUGUGCGUUGCCGGGAAAAGGACGUGAUCCCUUUGAUUGAACUUUUCUUCUGUUUUUUCUAUCUUCGCUUGGUAAAAAAUAGAUUCCAUUUGUAUACCUUGCACCGCCCCCGUCUCGAGGAUCGCAUCUUUCAUGAUUCUCCUGCUAAAACUGAAUCCUUCGACACAAAGUGGUUCUUGUUCCAACCUCCCCCCGACGUAUGGAAUGCCCCUCCGGGAGCAAUUUCGUGAGGUCCGCCGAGCCAUUCUUCAGGACGGCCCCUCGCAUCUUUACAAUUACCUUUUGGCCGAUAGGUUAAUACGGGCUGGGUGGAUUCAAGGCUUUGCUGAUGCUCCCCACCACCGGGCCCCUAGAGCCAUGUCAAAUCGUCCACCUACUGCUCAUAUGGAUGCAAAGGAAGGGGACAUCCCUCCACGAGAGGAGCAUUCCCCAGAGGAUAUGAGACGAAUGGCGUUGGGGUCACAAAGGAGGGUAGCGACUACUCCCGCUCCUGAGGGUGACAUACCUGAGUCAGCAUCUCCUCUCCCUCGCCCAAUGGAAGAGGUCGGUGAGGCUGCUGCUGCUCCUCGCCAAAGGAAAAAGAGAAGAAGCCGAAGGGAAGCUUAAGAAGAUGCAGGCACCUUCAUUCCUCUUACAGAUAUGACCAUUUCGGAGGAAGGAGAGAUCCCUGCCACCGAUGAACCCCUCCCUCGCACGUAUGCAUUCCCCACUCUAGCCUUUUUCGGUGAGGAGAGCCACUGGGGUCCCUCUCCGAGACGCCAUGGAAUUGCGGGGGCUGCGGUGGGCUCUAGUCGAAGUCCCCUUGGAGAAGCAGAGGCCGAAGUGGGCUCGAGGUUUGAUCAGGAAGCGGUAGAUGCUGUUCAUAGACGAGGACGCGGUUUCUUUUGGCGUGCUAUGAUCAAUCCUCAACGACCCAGUCGUCGGGUGCUAAACAUCGAAGAAUCUCAACAAGGCCUUCGCCCCAUUCUACCCGAGAUGCCUCCUCCCAUCCAGAAAGGAUACGACUUGGGCCACGGGCGUUGGGUGAGAGGCGAACCUUUCCAAAUCCAGGCAGGGGUUUUAGAUACAGACACGAUCGACACGCCCGGUGUUGGAGCUCACCUGCUAUAUUCCACUAUUCUUCCCCGCGACGAGAGUCGGUAUUUUCGGAACCCUCCCGAAGAUAUGAAUAAUUUCGAACACUACCUGGCCAUUGGAGCCCAGGGAGCGGUGGCAGCCAACGCUGUCAACCGAGCUCGCUUGGCGGCCAAGGACGCCGAAUUAACCGACUAGAGGUGUCAUUCCAUCUCUUGGAAUCGAGAACGAGACCGCUUAAACCGGUGCCUCCAAGAUAUGGAGUAUGCGGAGAGGGAAGCACGCACUGAGAAGGAGCGCCUACCUUCUUCUUAUCGAUCUCUAGAGAUAAGCCACGUCGAAAUUCAAGCAGAAAUGGAAUGCGGCCAAGGCACCCAUCAAGAGGAGGUUGCCCGAUUGCAGGCGGAGCUAACCGAUGUUGGGCAACAAAGGGCGGAGGCACAACAUGAAGCCGCUAUGAUGAAAACAGAGAAGGAGGAAGUAUUGAGCAACUACCAGAGGAUCGUAGAAGAGGCUGUGAAGAAAGCGGUUUGCGACUAUCGACUUUUUGCGGAUUACUUUCGUCGGAAAGACGAGUAUGCCUCCUGUUACUCCAAAUUCGGCUUCUAUCAUGGUCGUAAUUUCCUAGAGGCGACUCGGCCACAUGAAUCCUUCGAAGACAUGGUUUUCAACAUUGCCAUGACCACUGUCCCUCCUCAAGACUGGAGGAAGUAUGAGCCAAAUGAUUUGGGGCCUGACGAGAGCGUGCGACGGGCGCUGGAGGAUGACUUAAGCAAUCUAUUGGGUCCUUGGAGUCCUUUCGUGUCGGAUCUCGAGGAGGGUGAGGCACACGCAUGCUCAGCUGCUGUUGACGCUAUCCCUACCCUGGCCGACACCAUCCACUUCAUUGAGCAAGGUCUGGACAAGGACACAACCAGUCAAAUUCCACCAUGUUGGUUCCCCAGAGAAGGCUCAAGGGGGGUGGAUGAUCCUCCCCACCAAGACUAGCAUAGGCUGCUUUCGUUCCAUUUCCUCUUUUGUAAGAUCGGAAUGUAUUUUGUGUUGGAAGUGAGUGUGUGUGUGUGUGGCUUUCUUACCAAGCUUUAUUUUCCUUCCUUUAGAAGCUUGGUGACUUUCCUUCCAAGUCUUGCUUUUCUUCCCCUAGAAGCUUGGUGACUUUCCUACCAAGUUCUUCUUUACUUGGUCUCCAAGUUCUAGUCUUACUUGGUCUCCAAGUUCAAGCUUUUCUUGGUUCCCAAGUUCAUCAAGCCUAUAUAUAUUUGCUAAGCUCCCUAAGCUUGAUAGAAGUUUUGAAGAGUUUGAUUUUCUCGAGUUUUACAUCAUUGAGAGCAAGCCCGUCCUGAGUUCUGCUAGCUCCGGUCGUUCGUGGCUGCCGUUCACCGGAGAGGUCGUUUCAUCCUGCUGAGACAGUCGCCGUAGUCUGCUUGCCGCCGGUGCAGGGCGCUAACUGUCUUCAGGACAGCGCAAAGCGCGACUCGACCUACUUCUGUUCCUGCCUCUUCCACAAUCCAGAAGUUUAUUCCUGAUUCCUUGUCGUUCCAGCUGGGAGCAGUGCUGUUCAACCAUCUUCUCUGAUUUGCUGUUUUAGUCUGGUAACCUCUGUUGUUGUUCAUUUAAUUAUAAGCUCUUGUUACCAUAAAUAUCAGCUGUUAUAAUAGUGGUCAAGUAUAUAGUAUAUGUUUCUUGUAUCGUAGCCGGUUAGAACUACUUUCUUGUAUCAAGCAAGUUACUUUU